GCUAUUUCUUCUUCUCUUUCUCUCUUUUUUUUUCAAUGGUGAUAUUUAUACUUGUAUGUUUACUUUAUUUAUCAACCUAUGGAUCAACUUCAUGGUCUUCAUUUGGUCCUCCUUUUUUUACCAAAGUGAAUCAACAACAUGGACAUGACGCUAACGACGAAACAAGCUUUGAUGCUGACGAUUAUGAACCUUUACCAAACGAUCAUUUCCUUCCCGGUCCUGGACUACAUGAAGACGGUACAUUACCAACAACACUUCUCAAUUCUAUUCCGUAUCGUGCCAAUGCAAGCGAUCUGGUCACAGUCGAACUUUUAUGUAUUUUGGAUGAUCAUUUUUGUUCCAAAGUAUUAGUGGCCCUGAAGGACGCUGCUCAAGAAUUUACUCAAGUUGUUCAUUUGAAAACCAAGCUUGUAAUCCGUGCUGCUUACUAUGAAUUUUGUGAACACAUAUGCGCCAAUGAUACCUAUGGACUUGGUGCCCCAUCCUCUCAGUUCACUUUACCAUUCAAGGACGAUGAUAUGAAUUUUAUAUAUCCUCAAGCGCUUGCAAAACAACUUUCACCUUACGAAUAUACAGCAUCUUGGGUUUAUCAUGACGUGAUGAUUGAAUUAAAUCAUGAUCCAUAUAUGAAUUCUAUCAACCAUAACUAUGAUCAUGGUAACGGAAUACCUCCUUUUGGCAAAUAUUGGUUCAAGGGCGAUCCCGACAUCCGGCCAUACCAAAUUGACUUUGAAUAUAUCCUGUUACAUGAAAUCCUCCAUGGCGUUGGCUUUGUUAGUUCCUGGGCAGCCUAUUUUGCAAAUAAUGCUUCUCCUUUUCAUACUCUCUUGGACAAUAUCUUUGAUCAGACAGAACUACAGAUGGUAACACCUAGUCCUUAUUGGUCAGUUCAACCGCCGACAGGUCCUACCUUUGUCACUGGAUUUCAACCUACUAUGAUCUUUGACAAAUUUUUAUUCCUUGCCAACAACAGCAAUAAUAACGACAAGUUUUCUCACAUGUCUCUAGCAACAAAAAAAAACAACGCGUCUUUAAUGGAUUUGGGAUUUACUAUGCAAGAUUUUUGUGUCCAAGGUCAUGAAGCAUUUAUUAUUCAUUUUAUGGAAACUUUCAAACAUUCAUCUCAAGCACAAGAAGCAAGGGAACUUUAUUCCAUGUUGACUCAAGAACACGCUCUUACCUUCCAAUUUGAACCGAUGAUGUUCAAUAGCAGCCAUAGCAACAUGACUUACAGUAUUCUCGACUACCUGAACGAUACAUAUACACAUAUGAAUCUGCUGACUGGAGAGCAGACAUUGAAUGCACUGAAUCAUCAUGAACAAUCAGGUAGACUCUUUCGACCGGGGGUGACGAUUGCACAUGUUGGAGAUGAAUUACAAGGAACACCGGAUUUUAUUAUGACGGAAACAUACCGAGAAGGCAAAACAUUACAACAAUGGGUGGAUGAAGUGUAUGCAACUGUCCCCGUGAUUCAUUACAAGAUCGUACUAAAUGAAUCCACUACCGUGGAGCGGAUAUACAAAUCUCCUAUUGGGCCUGGCAUAUUGCGGAUAUUGGAUACGAUAGGAUAUGUGACAAUUUUAGAUCAUACGAAUGGCACCGGCAAUGACGAAAAACAACAACCUUAUAACAGCAUGAUGAAAAAAACCAAAAACAGCCAUAGAAAUGUGUGUGACGAUAUGCAUACGACACUAUUUGGAAAAAUGGGGACAAAAUCAAAGACUCCGAUGACGCGCUUCACCUCCAACACUUCAAAACACCAAACAUCUCAUUUGAUCAAGAUUUGGUUUCUUAUUAUUCUUAUUGUUUAUUAAGGAUGACCUUUUUUUGUAUAUAU